AAGGCAAGCAAGAAAAUGGGUGUGCUUGGAUCUUCUUCUUCUUCUUCUUCUGUAGUUGUAUUUUUGUGCUUGGUUUUGAACAUUGCAGUGUUGUGUAAUGGAGGUUCAACUAGCAGAUAUAUCAGGAAACUUGAGGAGAUUGAGGAUAUGGCUCUUGAUAGCGAUGUCUUUAAAGUCCCUCCUGGCUACAAUGCUCCUCAGCAGGUUCAUAUAACGCAAGGAGAUCAUGAGGGGAGUGCUGUGAUAGUGUCAUGGAUAACUCCGAGCAAACCAGGUUCUAACCAAGUGGUUUACUGGAGUGAAAAUAGCAAUAAAAAGAAGACGGCUAAGGGCAUAGUCUUGACCUAUAAAUACUACAAUUACACUUCUGGUUACAUUCAUCACUGCAACAUCUCAAAUUUGGAGUUCGACACCAAAUACUACUAUGUGGUUGGAAGUGGAAAAGUUGCAAGGAAGUUCUGGUUUAUAACUCCUCCUAAAGUUGGCCGUGAUGUCCCUUAUACAUUUGGUCUCAUUGGGGAUCUUGGUCAGACUUCUGCUUCAAAUAGCACACUUACUCAUUAUGAGAAUAAUCCACAUAAUGGCAAAACUGUGUUGUAUGUUGGAGAUCUCUCUUAUGCUGAUAAGUAUCCAUAUUACGACAAUAAUAGAUGGGAUACAUGGGGCAGGUUUGUUGAGAGAAAUGCUGCUUAUCAACCAUGGUUAUUUACAGUAGGGAAUCACGAUAUUGACUUUAACCAAGCUAUUGGCGAAACAACUCCUUUUAAGCCUUAUACUCACCGUUAUCAUGUCCCUUUUAAAGCAUCAGGAAGUACUACUCCCCUUUGGUACUCGAUAAAGAGAGCUUCAGCAUACAUCAUAGUCUUGUCUUCAUACUCAGCAGUUGGUAGAUCCACUCCUCAGUACUAUUGGCUGAAAGCUGAGCUAGAAAAGGUUAACAGAAGCGAGACACCAUGGUUGAUUGUUUUUAUGCAUGUUCCAUUUUAUAAUAGCUACGUGAAACAUUACAUGGAAGGAGAAACCAUGAGAGUAGUUUAUGAGUCUUGGUUUGUGAACCACAAAGUUGAUGUAGUAUUUUCAGGUCACGCCCAUGCCUAUGAACGAUCUGAGCGUGUAUCCAACACUGCAUACAGAAUUACAAAUGGUGAUUGCACUCCUGUAAAGAAUCAAUCUGCACCUGUUUACAUAACCAUUGGUGAUGGAGGCAAUCAGGAAGGCAUAGAUAAGGACAUGAUAGAGCCACAGCCGGAUUACUCAGCUUUUCGUGAACCCAGUUUCGGCCAUGGCAUUUUUGACAUCAAGAAUCGAACUCAUGCUCACUUUAGUUGGCAUAGGAAUCAAGAUGGAUAUGCAAAGGAAGCUGAUAAGAAGUGGUUUUACAACAGAGUUUGGCAUCAAGUUGAUGAACCUUCAGAUUAAACUUUAUUUUACUGAACUCUCUGAAAUAACUACAAAAAUUCAAGUCAGCAAGAAUUUCAGUCAUCUCCAUAGACUGGCCCUCUGCAUGCAUUUCUAAAUUCUAAUUACUAUUUGCUCAAGUGUCGUGUACUUAUUCAGACAUUCAACAAAAUUCUAUGUAUCAAUCUUAUGUUCUUUUCUUUUUACCUCUAAUAAAUGGCAUCCUUGUGUUCCUAGAAUUAAGGGAUUUAAGCUAGUUCCCCUUCGAACUUUUUUUUUUUUUUUUUGGUAUUCGGGGUGUCUGGGUUAGCUUACCCACACCUCAACGAGUCCCCUGGGACCUGACGUUAACAGUCAAGUAAGCCUCUAGUAGCUACCCUUAUUAAUAGUCGUGAGGAUUCGAACUCAAAACCUCUUGAGUAGUAUACUCAAGAGUCUCAAACGAACCGUCAAACCACUUGGAGGUAAUUUCCCUUCAAACUUUUGUGUGUUUUGUAUUCAAAAUCUAU